AUGACAUGGACUCUAUAUGCUGUUUUCUUGCAGACGAUAAAACUAACUCCAGGCGUGUGGUACUGGAAGGAUGAUACUAACACACUUGAAUUUGCAAGCUCCAGCCCAGCAGCUGAGGAAAACCUUAAGGAAGGACAAAAUAUUCCCUUUCAGGAAAUGCGUGUCAAGACUUUAAAGAGCAUCUUCCAAGGUGAUUGCAGUGCAACUCUCCCUGAAAGAAGGCUGGCUGACAAAGAAGGAAAAUUGCAUAGGCUGUCCAAGUGGCUACAACAUGAAUAUGUGACGUUGGAUGAUGUCAAAUAUGCUGCUUUGCUUUUGAAAGAAGCAAAUAAGUCACAUCACAUGUUGCCAUUUGCAGCAGUUAUCAGGAAUGAGAAACUAGAUAUGUUCCUCAUGGCCCUGCUCUUCUACCUAUCUUUUUACCUGGAAAAAAUUGCCCUGGAAAAGAAAUGCAGACCCUUGAUUUCGACUAUGAUAUUUUUAGACAAGAAAGAAAUGGCCGACGUGUCGGCGAAGUUAGCAGCGGCCAGGAUUCACCUUGCCAAGGCGUACUCUAACCUGGUCCUCGGAGGAGGCAUGGCACAGCAGUGCCACAUGCCUAGUGGAAGGAGAAAAACAUCGCUGCAGAAAGAUCGGGGCUUCUCUGAGGGCUUCUACAACUUCUGCAGCUAUGUGGCUUGGCUUGUGUUCAGACGGAAGCACUUCCAAGUGAUUCGGGAAGAAAUCGGCAGGCUGCUUUGCUCCGACAUGUUCAAUCCCACCUUAAGAGACAGGAACAACGUUGACUUGCAGAAACCAGGAGACUGGACUGCUGAUGCAAACACAGUGAGAUUCCCGUAUCUGAGAAAAGUCCAUGCCAAGCAUCCUUCCCUAAACAGCAUGGUUCACCAGCGCUCGCCGGUGCUCAGCACGCUGCUGCCCUUACCGAAGGACAGUGCUCAGUACCUCUCCCAGAACCACUACUGUCGGGGCAGAGACCCUCGACCUUGCACGUGCGAUGGCCUGCUGGACUUGUCAGAACUGUUCACUACCAAGGUGGGCAUCAUUGGAGCUCAUUGUAGUGAGUUAAAAUCUCUUAUGAGCAUGCCUGAUGGGACAAUGGAGGAGGAGGAGGAAGAGGAAGAACAAGACCAAGGAAGAGUAAGAAGUGGUUUCUCUAUCCUGACAAAUGACCUCAGAUUGCCACCUCUGAGAAGCCCCCAAAACAGGCUUAACAGUCAGAGCACUGUGGUCUCAAGAGCAGUGGCGGAAGGUGACUGUAAUGAGAGCAACUAG